CAUUUCUGAGUCAUAUCAAUGCAUCAACAGCGUCAUGGCACCUUUCAACUUCACCCACUCUGACGCUUCAAUUUUCAUCUUAACGGGCAUCCCUGGACUGGAGGCUGCCCACAUCUGGAUUUCCAUUCCUUUCUUUACAUUCUACAUUCUCAGCCUGUUGGGAAAUUUCACGCUUCUGUCUGUUGUAGGUAAGGAGCAGACUCUGCAGAAGCCGAUGUACCUGCUGCUCUGCAUACUGGCACUUACAGACAUUGCAACACCUACCUUCGUCGUGCCAAAUGCACUGGGCAUAUUUUGGUUCAAUUUGAAAGGCAUUACUCUGGCUGGCUGCCUCACCCAGAUGUUCUUCCUCCACACGGUUUCUGUUAUGCACUCAGCCACCCUCGUGACAAUGGCCUUUGAUCGCUACAUUGCCAUAUGUAACCCUCUGAGAUAUGCCACCAUCCUCAGUAAUGCACAAAUAGCUAAGCUAGGGCUUGCAGGUUUGAUAAGAGCUGUUCUCUUCAUUCUGCCCCUAUCCCUGCUCCUGAGUCAGCAGACAUUCUGUGCCAACCGCAUUAUCCCGCACACGCAAUGCGAGUACAUAGCUGUGGUGAAGAUGGUGUGUGGGGACAUCACAGUCAUCAGGAUAUACAGCUUGGUGCUAAUGUUUGUAAUCAAUGGGUUUGACCUGACGCUCAUUGCCCUGUCCUACAGUCUGAUCAUCAGGGCCGUCCUCAGAAUCUCCUCUAAGAAAGGCCACCAGAAAGCCCUCAACACUUGCACAGCCCACAUCUGUGUGAUGCUGAUAUAUUAUACCCCUACCUUCUUCUCCAUUCUUACACACCACUUCGGUCAAGGCAUCGCACCCUAUGUUCAUAUCAUCUUAGCUGACCUCUAUCUCCUCAUCCCUCCCAUGCUCAACCCUAUCAUUUAUGGGGUCAAAACCAAAGAGCUUCGUGACAAAGUAGUCAAAUACACCUGCAGAAGUUCUGCAGACACAAAGUUCACGCAAAGUUCUGCAGACACAAGAGACGAUAUCUUCUCAGGCCUGCAGUGUCCAUCAGGGAACUGUCAAAUUGUCAGAGAGUAUGUGAAACAGCACUAAGUGGGAUGCAGUUUGGGAGGAAGACCAGAAGUUCUGUGAGCACCAUGGUUCCCCAGUUACCCCUGGCAUGGAGGAAGAGUAUGCUCACAAACAAUCUGUAAAAAAAUUCAGCCUUCCUUGACUAUGCAGUUCUUACGAGUUGUACCUCCUGUCAUUUUGGCUGACCUCUAUCUCCUCAUCCCUCCCAUGCUCAAUCCUAUCAUUUAUGGGGUCAAAACCAAAGAGCUUUGUGACAAAGUAGGCAAAUACACCUGCCGAAGGUGAUUACCUGGGGCCACUGACUUGAAACCUGUGUGACAAGAGGAGGAAAGCAUAUCUCCUCAUUAAUUAGGGGUGCACUGUCCCAGUUUG